AUGGAAGUUGCAGUUUUGAAGAGACUUCAAGGGAAGCCUCACGUUUGUCGAUUCAUCGGAUGCGGUCGAAACGACCAGUAUAACUACAUUGUUAUGAGUCUUCAGGGUCGCAACCUUGCAGAGCUCAGGCGUUCAACUCGUCGUGGCUACUUUUCAAUUUCCACCACUGUCCGACUUGGACGACAAAUCCUGACAGCUAUCGAGAACAUUCACGCCGUCGGUUUUUUACACCGUGACAUUAAGCCUUCUAAUUUUGCCUUGGGAAACGGAAUCGGACCUGGAUCUGUUAGUCCUCGAACCAUAGUAAUGCUUGAUUUCGGCCUUGCCCGCCAGUACACUACAACAAAUGGCGAAAUUCGACCACCCAGACAGGUUGCUGGUUUUCGUGGAACUGUCCGUUACGCAUCCGUCAACGCCCAUCUGAACAAAGAAUUAGGGCGACAUGACGAUCUGUGGUCACUCUAUUACAUGUUGGCAGAAUUUAUUACUGGCGAGUUGCCCUGGCGCAAAAUAAAGGAUAAGGAGCAAGUUGGAAUUAUGAAGCAGACUUUUGAUCAGAAUAAUUUGCUCAAAUUUAUGCCCCGUGAAUUUCGUGCUUUCUUGGAACACAUUCAGAGUCUGACAUAUUUUGACAAACCUGACUACCAAUUUCUACAAUCCUUACUCGCAAAUUAUAUGGAACGGAGGUCGAUCAAUGAAAGUGAUCCCUUCGAUUGGGAGGUGUCAUCUGAUCAGUCGGGAGGAACGAGCGAAACCAACCAACACCACACUAAUUUACAUGCUUCCCCAGCUCCAGAAGCUGGCAAGGGAAUAGCAACUGAUGGAACCAAAGCAGUCCGUGGUCCCGCGUUGCUGCACACUAGGGCCAUGGCACCUACUCAAAGUGGUGCUGGUCUAGUGGUUACUAGUGGCUUCGUGAGCGGCGCACGCUACGGUGGAAGCAGUUCUAACCUCCCCGGCGAUGCAUCGAAUGCAACCAACGGUGGAAAUAAAGUGUUUCCUGGCGGUAUUGGUGGAUCAGCAACCAAUAUACACAAGCUUUCACUAGGUAGCGGUUUCGCUAACCACGCUUCUGACGAUGGCGUUAUCAAUAACAAUGGGGACCAGACUCCGGGUAACCCCGUUUUCAGGAAGACACCUUAUGCUCCAUAUUUCCGAUCGAGUUAUGCAAUGAAUACACCACGUUUUGUCAAGGAUACCAAGUUAGCAAGCAAAGCACGUGAAGCAUUCCGCAACGCUGAGCAGCAUACACCACAAUCUAAGGUUUCACCUACAAAAGCUAUUGAGAUGCAACAGGACGGUUUGAAGAAAAAUGAAGAGAGUGGCUCAAGACUCGGUAACUGGGGUCGUCGACCCUUCAAUUCAAGUUCGACUAAUGUGCGAAAUAGUACUGGAACCGUCGGGAGCACCGCAAGCCUGACAGGAGUCGGACUAGGAACCCGUUGCGAUACCAGCUGUACGCACGCUGUCGUGGUGAUGGUUGAUCAAGGCGACGGCAGUAACUGUCCCGACAUGACCCGUGCCGCUCCCUUGACAAUUGGAAGCCAGUGGGCUGCUGAACCAGAUGAGAUUUCUUAUCGGACGCCUCCUUCUGUUGUCACCCCUGGCGAUGAGGCCUUCCUUCCCCAGUCCGGCAUGUAUCAAAUGUCAAAAAGCUCUCUCAACCUGGCAAGCGUUGAGAAGGCUGAUGCAGAGGCCGUUUUCGCCCCAGGAGCUUAUGAAGUUGACUGUGAUGGCGAAGAGAAAGCUUUCCUUUCUGUGCCUGUACAGAAAAUGUAUCCCGUCAUUGCGUCUCCGAAUCCGCACUUCAUGUUUGCCUCCUCGGAACGGAUCUUUCCCCAGCCUCAGGUUCCCAACAAACCUGUGACAUGCGUUCCGUUCCAGUGCCGAUCCGGAGUAGACUUCUAA